CUUCCUGCGCUGUCCGUGAGUGUCUUUGCUGUCCAACUUAUUACUGCAAAGCACGCCUUCUUCGGUGAGUCCUUGUUCUCCAACAAAAUUCAAGUUCCUUCCUCGCCAGAAUUCAAACACAUCAGUUGGACUCACUAAGCCCUUUUUCCUUUUCCUCCUUUUGAUUCUUUCCACUCCCAUCGACAACCCAUACCGACAUUAUCUCAGUCAUACCUCUUCGGCCAUAUUUUGUCUGCAGUUUCAGUUUCCGUCUUGGAUUUCCUUUGUAUCUAUCUCGCUCCUUCUCCAACUGUCGACGUCAAGCAUUGACUUGCCCAUCAUGUCGGCCCAGGUAGCUCCUACUAUUCCUCCUCGCCCGACUCGAGCCCAACAAGCAGCUGGGGCUCGCGGUGCCAACAAACUACCGGACAUUCCUCCUCGUCCCGUAAACAAACGUCUCGAGCGCUCCGUCUCUCCGGCAAACUUCCCCAGCUCCCCGCUCAAUGAGCCAUGGUCCGGCAAUCUCACCCGUCAAAAGACCAACGAGCAGGUCGAAGCCCUCCCUCGUCGUCCGAGUAUCCAGAAUCUGCCAUCGGUCGGUCAAGAAGGGAUGGAAUAUGCCGAUAUUAUGAACAUGCAGACAAGUCUACAGCCGCCAUCCUCAUCCCUGGCUGCGGAUGCGGCUGCCCAGACUAGAAACAUUGCUCAAGAUCUGAAGCUACAUGCUCCGAAGCCUUCUCUGCCUAAAUCAAGUGCCGCAGCUCAGGUGCAGGCGGUCACCCGGACCGAUUCUUCCCAAGCUGGUCACUAUGGGUUUGGCAAACCUCCAACACCUGCUCAAGAGGAGGGUGAGAGCAUCUCCCGAGUUGGAACUCGGUCAAGUUUCUCCCGCCCUGGUUCUACUACUGGCGGUGAGCGUCGUCCUUCAUUUCAAGCCGAAGAGACCGGCCCAGCCGAACUCGGUCUCCGAGUGCCCAUUAACCCUUUGUUGGGAGAUGUGCAGGCUCCUUCUCCCGCGCCAGGAAUGAGUCCUCACCACACCGGCACCAACGGUGACAGAAGGCGUUCAGUCCAUGGUAGAACAAGAAGUGCCUUGGAUUUUCUCCCUCCUGGAAGCUACGGUCUCCACGGCCAUGGUCUUCCGCCGCAGGACAAGUUCGAGAAAGACUGGUACGCAAAGCAUCCGGAAGCCGCUCAGCAUGAGGAAACCUCCGGUCAUGGUGUAUACGAGAGUAUCGGGAGUGGUCGUGGCUCCUUCGCCUUGAGUCGCGAUGACUUGAACAAAAUCGUCCGCGAAACAGCCAGCCGUGGUGCUGGGCUUGGCACCUCCGGAGACACGUAUGGAGUUCCAGAUGAACAAAUUGGUUAUGCGGCAUCCGAAGUCUAUGUCUCGCGCUCUCAGUCCAACACUCCAAACAGCCUUGCAAAGACAGUGACGAACACUUCCCAGCCUGUUGCCGAGUCGCCGUUGAGGAAAGCAAGCUUCCCUGCCGAUGAAUCCAUCCCCGCCGAAGUCCGCCGUGGAAGAUUAUCAGUCUCUCGAGGAUCGGACAAUCAUGACGCACUUGAAAGUGAGGCGGAACAAGAGGUGCAAAUCCAGCCUCGUCGCAAGUAUAAUAAAAUUACAGGCGGUGAAGAGACCAUGAAUGAAACGGUCGCAGCCAAGCCCUAUGUUUCCCAUACCGAUGAUGAGGGUGAUUACGCCAACGAACAUGGUUACACUGUCCCUAUCUUGGCCGAGGAUGAAGUUGCGAAGGAGGCGGGUUUCGAGCAUCUUCAGCCAGCUGUUUCUCCUCGAGCUGAGCGGCGAGAGUCUCUGUACGAAGAGGCAUACCGAAGCGGCGAUGCCACUCCAUCUUCGCGUCCUUCGAGCAGACCGAGCAGCGUGUAUGGAAUGCACGGCGCUUCGCACUCUCUGUCCAGGUUUGUGUCGCAUCAUGAAGAACGCGAACAUGUGCACACACCGUUGGAAGAUGUCGAAGAGUAUGAGCCACUCUUCCCCGACGAUGACGACAAGACAAAGCCGAUGAGCCACGUAGAACGAUUCAAGCAGAGACCAAAUGCUCUGAAGCAGCGGUUUCCCAGCCAGGACAUUUGGGAAGACACUCCCAGCAGCCUAUACUAUUCUGCCGAGGUGUCUACACCAGAUCUUCCCGCUCAGGUCGAGCAAUCUGCCACAAAAGAGUUCGAAAGCCCCGAACAAGAAGCCGCUCGCAAAGAGGAGCCGUCGGAGGAAGAGAGAAAGAAACUCAUUCCUAAAGAAGAGCGGCUUGCCAAAUCUCGAUUCGCCCCUCAUCUCCGCGACGAUAUGCCUACGAGACCCGGUAUGACGCCAAGAUUUCCAAGUUCUGACAUUUGGGAGGAUAGUCCUGAGAGUCAUCAGCUCGUUACCACUGUCAGCUCUCCUCCGAUCGACCAUGAGGCCGAGAGUCCCGAAGACGUGCCUAUCAAGCCUUUCAUGGCUCCGCGACCUCUGGGCAAGAGCAGAUUAGGCGAAGGAGCUGCACAAGCACAAGUGGCACCAAGUAUACCUCCUCGGCCUCAGAAAGGAGGCCCUGAGAAGCAGGCAAGCACAUCACCGACCGAACUGAAGAAGGUCCCCAGCAUACCCGACCGACCGAAGCCUCAAAUUCCAACUCGACCAGCCAAGAAACCAGAUACUGGAGCUCCCACAGAACAAGAGAAGGUCUCACCUCCUGUGGUCAAAGCAAAGCCUCAGGUCCCAGCUAGACCUGCUGGCGUAGGCAGUAAGAUUGCCAACCUGCGAGGCAACUUUAUGAAUGAUCUCAAUCAGAAACUGGGUCUUGGACCACCUAAGGAGAAAGAAAAAGAGCCAGAGCCGGCUGAAGAGUCGAAACCCUUGGAGGAUGCGCGUAAAGGUAGAGCCCGAGGUCCUCAAAGGAGAGCACCGGCCAAGUCGCCUGCAGCUGCCGCCAAGCCUAUGGGGUUUGCAAUGUCUCUCCCUCGGUCGUUGUGGGCGAUUGAUGAGGGUGAUGACCUGACGGUUUCUUCCUAUGACACAUCAGUACCUGAGUCGACAAGCGUUGAGGGCCUCCCUGCUGCGGUCGGACCUUCGGAUACCAAAGCAGAGCAGAUCGACAACUCCACGCCAGCAGAUGCGCCUCUGCCACCAACCAUCGACACGAAUGACCAAGUAGACUCCUCGCAUCCUUCUCAAGUCAAGGAUGAACCGGUUCCGCACGCAACAAGACUGGCCGUAAACACCGCAGGAGAUCUGGCAGAACCCACGCUUGAAUCACCGAGCGAGGAAAAGUCCAACCCCUUGAGCCACCAAGUUUCAGAUGAGAACGUCGGCCUGUCCCAAGAGACGACAGCAAGCAGUGGUCAAGCAGACGGCCCAGAAUUGGAAAGGGAAAUUCCUGACCCAGCCACUGAUGCGAUUCCUGUUAGCAAGCAGACUACUGCAAGCUCAAAGGAAGACGGACCGCCGUUGGAGAAGGUGCCUUCCAAUGAGCCAGAGGAUCCUCGUGCCACCAGAUUGCCCGAAGGCGAGCCAGGUCAGGCUAGUGCGCAGGAGGUGUAGGCCAGGGGAUAUCUUCCCCUGCAAAAGCUAUGAGCCGCAUCGUACAGGGUCAUCCAAUACAGGUCAACAUGUAGGUCUAGAUAAGAAAACAAUAAAUUCCGGGUACGGUAUGAAAGGAAGACAAAAAUACUUGGUUCCAUUCACUCAAUGUUGAUUCAAGAAUGAGAACUUCUUCUUGGACUGCUCAUAUGAUUAAUUUGAUCAAACAAAACACUGAGACACUUCAGGCAGCUUCAAGUUGGGCGCUAUAUGUUGGGUGAAAGAUCCCUGGACCAGAGUAUCCUAAGGCGUUCCUCAUUAUUCGAUACAUAAGCUCUCUGAAAUUACUGGCAGUAAGUCUCUGAAGAACCUUGGGUUUCAUAUUCGUCAUGCCGGGACGGUGAUGACGACCAUUUGUCGACUUGACCGCUAUGUGGCUUCAAGACCCGAAGGAGGAGCUCGACUUUCAUUCAAACAUAUCAUCAAAGUCGGCAGCCCUGGGGCGGACUCUGCGAGCUUGAGAAGAUUGGGCCUCGGGAUCAUGCCGAGUGUUGAGCGGCGCAGCAGGUGUGUCCGUAGUUGCUUCAGAGUAGUCUUCGUCUUUUACGGACGGGCGUGGG